GCCAGAAGAUUAAGAGAAUCAUCCUUGUGCUUGUGAACCAACCCAACCCAACCCAACCCAACCCAACCAUCUUGCUCCGUUCCGUUCCAUGGCGUCUCUGCUUCUCAAGGGCGUGCACAAGCGGCUGGGCCUGCCCUCCAUCUCCAUCUCCUGCUCCUCCGCAGACGCCACCAACAUCAUCGCCUCCACAGGCACCGUCGCCGGCGUCGGCAGCAGCAGCGGCCGGGCCAUCGACCGCCACUCUCCGCGCCUCCGCGACCCGCACCGAUCCUCCACCUCCAAGCCGCCCAGGCCAAGCACCAGUAGCAUCACCACCAAAGGCUCGGCGUCGUUAGAGGACACCAAGAUGCAGCAGAACGGCCAUGGCAGCAAGAAGAAGAAGAAGAAGAAGAGCACCACCGCUGCUGCUGCUGGGAUUACUGGCGCCAGUAGCAGACCUUCGGCGAAGAGGCUGGUCAGCCCGGCCACGUCGUCCAGGUUCCUCCUCAACUCCUCCCGCCUGCUGUCCGACGACCUCGACGUCCUCGCGCUGCCCCCUCCCCCGCCGCCGUCCUUCAUCGACGUGCUCCCCGGAGGCGAAGGGAAGACACCGUCCUUCGUCGACGCGUUCCCCGCUGACCUCUCCCUGCCGGCUCCCUUUGCCAAGGAGGCACCGCCGUCGACCGUGCACCAAGCAGAGUCCUCGUCGUCGUCAGGGACGUCCUCUGCUUCGUCGUCGUCGGAGAUCUCCGCCGUCCAAGAAGAGGAGCAGCAGGAGAAGGCGGCGGUGCUGGCGCGGUCGUCCUCCUCCACGACCACGGAAAGAAGAAGGACGACGCAGGUGGUGGUGGUGCUGCGCGUGUCGCUGCACUGCAAGGGGUGCGCGGGCAAGGUGAAGAAGCACAUCGCCAAGAUGGAGGGCGUGACCUCGUUCGACAUCGACAUCGCGAGCAAGAAGGUGACGGUGGUCGGCGACGUGACGCCGCUGGGCGUGCUCACAAGCGUCUCCAAGGUCAAGCCCGCCCAGUUCUGGCCGUCGCAGCCGUGCCCCCCGCGCGCAUCCGCCUCAUUCUGAACGCGCCAACCAGCGAUCGAUAUCCGCUUUCUCUGAACCACAAGUAGAUUGAUACGGCGUCCUAGCUAAGCUGGUCGAGUGGUCGUCCAUGGCGGAUCACUCGCUCCCCGGCGAUGGAAGUAGGUGGUAGAACCUCGAUCGACGGCUGCCACGCACGCACGUAGUAGCUCCAUAUUUCUUUUCAUUGAACUUGGAAGAAACGGCAUUGAAGCUCCUCGUCUUGGCAUGCAUGCAUGUGCACAUGGAUUGAUUUUCUAUGCCUGUAUUCCAGUUCCAAAAGAUAAAAAUAAAAAAAAUUCUAUGAUUGUA